CCUCCUCAGCCCACCCCCCACCCCCAGUCAUGAUCCUGGGCAGGAAGACUCUGUUUGGCACUGUGAGGAGUUCCUCACGCUGCCUUCGAGCUCCUCGUAGAAUUUUUGCUGUCCCGUCCCAUGUGAGAAGUGCGCAUGCCACCGCUGUACCUCCGACUUGGAGACCUUCGUCUGCUCUCGACGAAUGGGUGCAGCGAGAAGCCCGCCCUAUAAGUCUGCGUCGACUGACCUUUUUCGGUCGCACUCUUACCGAGGCUCGACUGAUUGACUCGGCCAACUACUGCAGGCUGGAAUUGCCCACGAGGAUAGCCCACCGGCUGCGCGAUAUUCAGACCCUUCCAUAUGUGGUUGUUGCCAACCCCCACCUCGCCCAUGUCUACGAGCUUUAUUUGCGCGCCUUCGAGCGCUUUCGUCGCAUUCCUGAAAUCCGCUCUUUGGAGGAUAAUGACAAAUACUGCAAAGUUCUAGAAGAGACUCUGAAAGAGCAUGCCACCGUCAUCCCCAGACUGGCCAUUGGCGUGCUUGAAGUGCGGGGUCUUAUGAAGCCUGAGGAAACCGACAAGUUUAUGAACACCAUGUUGAGAUCGCGGAUAUCGCGUCGGGUAAUAGCGGAACAGCACCUGGCACUCACCGAAACUUUCAACUCUCCCUGGCACUUUCCCCACGCGCAACCUGUGCACGACCCCAAUGCGGAAGCAGUAGGUGAGAUCUUCUUGCGGUGCAACGCAAAGGAGAUUGUCGAGCGAUGUGGCAAAACCACCCAAGAGCUGGUCAAACGAGCAUAUGGCUCUCACCUGGCAAUUCCAGAAAUACAAGUCAGAGGCCAUCUAGAUGCUACAUUCCCCUAUAUUCUGAGCCACCUGGAGUACAUCGUGGGAGAACUACUCCGGAACUCAAUCCAGGCUGUUAUCGAGCAAAGGAAAUUCAAAGACGCAGUGCCUCCGCCAAUAGAGGUCCUGAUCUGCGAGACUGCCCAACACGUGAUUAUUAGAAUAUCUGAUCAAGGAGGCGGCAUUCCCACAGAGGUUCUACCACAUCUUUGGAGCUUCAGCAAAGGCCCGCGUCGGGAACGAAGGCUAGAAAAUCUUGCUCGGGUCCCCAGGCUGCUUGGUACCAUGCAAGAACUUCAAAUCCCUGGAGAUCAAUCGCAAGAUGUCCACAAGAAGCAUGGCAAGAAAUCCAAAUACAGUGACUCCAGCCAACAUCACGGAUCCCUGUUUACCCUCACCAGUCGACCACCAGACCUUCGCCUUGGGAUUGGAUUACCCAUGUCAAGGGUAUACUCUGAGUAUUGGGCUGGAAGCCUCGAGAUUCACAGUCUUGAGGGCUUCGGUGUAGAUGCUUUCCUGCAAAUAUCUAAGCUCGGUAACAAGAACGAGCGACUAACUACACGUGCGACUAUGGAUGCCGUCUAAAGCGCACUGACUUUGCCAGACUAGCCUCCUUUCCGAGGUCGCAAGAGCGUCGAGGGCUAUGGAGCAUCAGCGCUGGGCGUAACUGCCAUCAUUGCCGCUUCCAGCGGCAGGCUAUAUCAACCAGCGGCCUGAGUCCACCCGCUGCUGCCCCAU